AUGGGUGAUCUUAUCGUGGGUGAUCCUACCGUGGGUGGACUUAUGGGUGAUCUUAUCGUGGUUGAUCUUAUCGUGGAUGAGGGUGAACUUAUGGUAGGUGAUCUUAUCUUGGGUGAUCUUAUUGUGGGUGAUCUUAUCGUGGGUGAGCUUAUCGUGGGUGAAGUUAACGUGGGUGAACUUAACGUGUGUGAUCUUAUCGUGGUGGCUGAACUUAUCGUGGAUGAACGUAUCGUUGGUGAUCUUAUCGUGGGUGACCUUAUCGUUGUAAUGGGUGACUUUAUCGUGGGUGAUCUUAUCGUGAGUGAACUCAUCGUGGGUGAACUCAUCGUGGGUGAUCUUAUCGUAGUUGUCGUGGGUGAACGUCUCGUUUGUGAUCUUAUUAUGGGUGAUCUUAUCGUGAGUGAGCUUAUCGUGGGUGAAGUUAACGUGGGUGAACUUAACGUGGGUGAUCUUAUCGUGGGGGAUCUUAUCGUGGGUAAUCUUAUCGUGAACGUAUCGUUGGUGAUCUUAUCAUGGGUGAACUUAUCGUUGUGUGAACUUAUUGUAGUUGAUCUUAUCGUGGGUGAGGGUGAACUUAUCGUGGGUGAACUUAUGGUAGGUGAUCUUAUCUUGGGUGAUCUUAUAGUGGGUCAUCUUAUCGUGGGUGAUAUUAUCGUGGGUGAUCUUAUCAUGGGUGAUCCUAUCGUGAUUGAUCUUAUCGUGGGUGAUCUUAUUGUAGGUGAAGUUACAGUGGGUGAACUUAUCGUGGGUGAUAUUAUGGUGGGUGAUCUUAUGGGUUAUCUUAUCGUAGGUAAACUUAUCAUGGGUGAUCUUAUAGUUGCUGAACUUGUCGUGGGUGAACUUAUCAUUGGUGAACUUAUCAUCGGUGAAUUUAUCAUGGGUGAUCUUAUCGUGGGUGAACUCAUCGUGGGCGAUCUUAUCAUGUGUGAACUUACAGAGGGUGAACUUAUCUUGGGUGAAAUUAUGGGUUAUCUUAUUGUGGGUAAACUUAUCAUGGGUGAUCUUAUAGUGGCUGAACUUAUCGUGGGAGAACGUAUCGUUGGUGAUCUUAUCAUGGGUGAACUUAUCGUUGUGUGA